UCUCUCUCACACUCACACAGAGCAGAAACAAUGGAAGGAGAAGCUGUUGCAGCCAUCCUCAAAGUUCUGGUUCAAAACCUCAUCGAUCAUUCCAAGAAUGAAUUCUCACUAAUCCGAGGUCUCGACAAAGAAGCAGCAAAGCUAACUGGAAGUCUCGACACCAUCCAGAAAUUCCUCAACGACGCGGAGGCGCGCACCAUCCCCGGGGAGGCUGUCAAGAGCUGGCUGAAGAAGCUUGAAGACGUGGCGUUCCAUGCUGACAACGUUUUGGAUGAACUCAACUAUCAUCUACUCUCAAAACAAAUUAAGCGCACCAAACCCAUGAAGGAGAAGGUAUUGUCAUGCUUCUCAUCAUCCUUCAAUUCUAUUGCGCGACCAAGAAAUAUGGCUGUUAAAAUCCAAGAAAUCAAUGAGAGUUUGGACUCCCUUCACAAAGAGGGAGCCGGGCUUGGCCUCAAUGAGAGGGUUGCUGCCGAUGUGCCCACUUUGCUUAAUGCUGCUAUUUUUGAAACUGAUUCAUUCACUCUUGAUCCAAUUUUUAUUGGAAGAGAUGAUGUUGCGUCGGAAAUAGCUGAGAUGCUUACCACCAAUAGCAUCACACCUGAUGAACGCACAGUUUCCAUCAUUUCCAUUGUCGGUAUGGGGGGAUUGGGGAAGACGACAUUGACUAGAAAAGUCUUCAAUCGUCUGAAGGAUGAGACUCGGUUUGGAUCACAUAUUUGGUUGCAUGUUUCCCCAAAUUUUGAUCCAAUCAUUCUUUUCAAGAAAAUUCUCAAUGAGUUGACUUCUGACAAAGCUGAAAAUACGAGUAGACAGGAUAUUCUUUCAAAGAUUCAAAAAGCUUUGAAAGAUAAAUCCUAUCUUCUUGUUCUUGAUGAUGUCUGGAAUGAAGAUGGUUCCAAAUGGGAAGAUUUUAUGAAUUCCUUAUUGGGAGUUACUUCUGUCAAGAGAAAUGCAAUUGUUGUUACUACCAGAAGUAUGGAGGUUGCUUCAAUUGUGAAUCCACUUUAUACAAGUAUGGAGGGUGCUUCAAUUGUGAAUCCACUCCAUACACAUGAGUUGAAAGGCUUAUCGGAGGAAGAUUGUUGGUCCAUAAUCAAAGUUAAAGCCUUCGGUGAAGGAAAUGUUCCUAUGGAAUUUGAGAGCAUUGGAAAAAAGAUUGCAAGAAGAUGCCAAGGUUCGCCAUUAGCGGCCAACGUGGUUGGGGGAGUGCUGCGCAAUAAAUCCGAAGAAAAAUGGCUCUCCAUCGAGCAGAAAUGGCUUUCACAAGAUGAAGGAGCUAAUAUCUCAAAAAUAUUGAGAUUGAGCUUUGAUAAUUUGUCUCCGCCAUUACUUAAGAAGUGCUUUGCGUACUGUGCGUUAUUUCCUAAAGGCUACGGAAUCAUGAAACAGGAACUGAUUGAGUUGUGGAUGGCAGAAGGUUUUCUUCAAGGUGAUGGAAGGGAUGACAUGGAGUCCGUGGGCGAAAUAUUUAUCAACGUUCUUCUGCACAACUCUUUACUGCAAGUUUUAGAGAGAGAUGAGUACGGAGAUGUAGAAAGUUGUAGCAUGCACGAUCUUGUGCGCGAUCUCGCUUCUUCUGUUUCAAGUUCCUCUAACAAUACUGGUGGUAGCAGCCGAGCUCGAUACAUGAUGACUCUCGGAGACGACACCUCUGGAGAUAUAACAAAUCUUAUCCCAAAAGAAAUGGCAAAAUCUUUGCGUACAUUAUUCUUGGAAGGUGAUAUUUCUGGUAUCAACUUCUCAGACUUUGAAAGUCUGCAUGUUUUACGUCUUGAUGACUAUGGAGUUAAAGAGUUGUCAAGUUCGAUUAGAAAGUUUAUACAUUUGAGAGAUUUUUACAUUUCAUGGACAAGUAUUGAAUAUUUGCCGGAUUGGAUUGGUGAAUUCUUUCACUUGCAGACGUUGAGAGCAGAAUGGGCGUUGAAGAAACUGCCAAGUACGAUUAAGUACUUGAUUAACUUGAGGCAUCUUUAUAUUAGGGAUAAUGUAGAGUUGCCUGCGGGAAUCGGGGGAUUAACUUCUCUCCAAACGCUGAAGUACUUCCCAGUGGGGGACGAGAAUGGGUGCAAAAUUGAAGAGCUCGGAAGUUUGAAUAAUCUUAAAGGAGGGCUACGGAUUCGCAAUCUCGAAAGGGUUCAUGACAAGGAAGAGGCUGCGAAAGCCAAUUUAUUCCAAAAGUCAAAAAUAUUGAAUUUGUGUUUGGAGUGGGAUUGGAAAAGAGAAGGUGAAUCAAAUGAUGAGAAUGUUUUGGAAGGCCUCCAACCUCACUCGGACUUGAAGAAGUUAUGGAUUCGUGGAUUUAAUGGCAGUAGAUUUCCAUUAUGGACUCAGAAGAUGGCAGUUGGAGAUGUGGGACUUAACAAGUUAAUGUCGUUAUCACUCUGGGACUGCAGAGAAUGUGAAGAGAUCCCAAUGUUGGGGCACUUGCCCAAUCUCAAGUCCCUUGUGUUGUGUAGAUUGAGCAAUUUGAAGUGUAUAAAUUCAUCAUUCUAUGGAAUGGUGAACAACGACACACGCAUUGUUUUUCCAGCUCUCGAAAGGAUCGAAUUGAUUUUAAUGCCUAAGCUGGCAGAGUGGGCAAAAAUAGAAGUUUCGGGUGGUAGUGAAGUGAAGCUAUUUCCUCGCCUCCGACAUUUGGUAAUUUGGCGGUGCUCGCAAUUGAUGAGUGUUCCGAGUCAUGUCUCGUCAUGCCUUCAACAUUUGACAAUUUAUGACAUCGGUGUGAAAUGUCUCCCAGCUGAUUGGUUAUUCAGUAACAACCAGACUCUCUCUGAAUUGUAUAUAAUGCGGUGCCCCAAUUUGAGAGAAUUACGGCAUAGAGAUAGCGGUGGAGAAGAAUCCCAACGAAGCUUCACAUCCCUUCGCCUUCUCAGGAUUGAGGAAUGCAAAGCAUUGGAGUAUUUGCCAUGUGAAAUGAUAGGAUUCUCUCUUGAGGAGAUAUCGUUGGAGGGUCUAAGUAGCCUAAAGAAUCUACCAAAGGUAUUUGACAGCCUCCCAGAAUCGCCUCGUCUGAAAAAUUUAUCAAUCGUUGGCGUUCCUAAAUUUAUGGCCACUUGUUAUGUUGAGACUCCACAUUUUCCCAAUUUGAGAGACGUAAAAGUCGGUGUCAGUAUGAGCUCGAUGGAGGCUGUAGAUGGCAUAUUACAAGAAUACUGUCACUCACUAAAUAAGUUAACUCUGGUGGGGAUGGAAAAUUGGGAAUGCCUGCCGGAAUCAAUUCAACUUCUCACUGCUCUUUCUGAGCUAGUGUUAGAGAAUUUUGGAAUGGAAGAGUUACCUGAAUGGUUUGGGAACCUCUCAUCUCUAAAGGAGUUGAUUCUAAAUAACUGCGAAAGGCUAAGGCGUCUACCCUCUAUGGAUGCAAUGCUGUGCCUCACAACAUUAAAAAAACUAUCUGUUUAUGGCCGUUGCCCAGAAUUAGUGAUUAAAAGUGAGGCAGCUGAUUCUGAAUGGCCCAAGGUUUCUCAUAUCCCCUACAUCUACAUUAAUGGCCGCUUAUACAUUGACGGUGUCGAUACAGAAAGUGGUACGAAGAAACAGUCGUGUUUGGGGUGCCUCUAAAGAAUUAGGAUAUGAAGAAGCAAUGAGUGAGUAUCCAUUUUCUACAAGGAGGUCCUUUAGUGUGUUAUGGCAAAAAAAUUUACAAGUCUCCGGUGAGCUGGAACUUGGAUCUUGCCACGUCACGUCCGUUUCUUUCCCGUUUGUUGUUGGGUUGGCGUCACAUUUAUGAUAGGUUUGCUCCCCUUCGAUGCGCUGAAUCGGGAUGACAAGGCAGGUUUUUAGACAGGGUGCCGGUGCGCUGGACCUUCGGCCUCGUCUUUCUGUGAUUGUCAGCAGGAUUGGCGAGAUGACUUCCCAAGCUCUCAUGUCAAGGGCAUUGCUAAAUACGGGGUGAUGGUUAGUUCGAAGCUUUGUUUCUGGUUGUGUUUCUAGCAUGAUAUGUGGGGAUUUUCUAGGUGAUGGUUAGUUUGAAUCUCUAAAAGACACUCCCAUCUUUGUUUCUUAUUGGUUUUUUCGGUUGUUUCGAUUUUUCUUAAGACAAACACUCUUUUUACGAUCUUAAUGUUUUUUCUAUUCGAUUUUCAUUAAGAUGAUUUUAAAGAGGAUUGGCCCUUCAAUUGUGUCUUGUGCAUUUUAUAUAAUAAAGCUCUAUUCAUGUCAAA